CGUCUGAAAGUUGUCUGCGACCUCAACAAAUCACAAGAAGAAGAUGGCGGAGCUUCUGGAGUUGAUGGCACGGUAACUGUACAGAAAAUGUUGAUGAGGAAAACUCUUAGACAUUUGCAUUUCUUUUUAAGUCUAUGGGAAAACUAACAGAGAUGUGGAGACAACAGGUCAAAGACGAACAUGGUGCAGUAAGAGAAGAAACGCUGGAGACUUUGGAAAAAACAGACGCAGAUUGCCAACACAAAGUGUCGCUUUCAAAGGACAGUGAGCGGCAGAGCAAAAGCCCAAAUGCUGUCCUCAACCCCAAAGAUCGGCUGCACCGUAUAGAUGUUCAGACAGUAGUAAUUAAAGAAGAGGAGGAGGAAGAAUGGAUACCUGAUGUAGACCAGCCCAUCAAUGUAAAGGAGGAAGAGGAGGAACAGUGGACCAGUGUGGAUGAAAAGCAGUUCAAUGGGAUGAAGCUUGAUCGGGACCAAGCAGAAGACCCAGAUCUUCCAACCAGCAGCUCAGCUGACGUGGUGACAACUGGUGAACAGGACUGGGGAGGAGCAGAAACCAUCAGUAGUUCAGAUGUAAAUACUAAUAAAGAUGAUUCAAACUCGGAAACAGAAGGCAGUGAUGAUGACGAUGAUGGGAACAGUACAGGAGACAGUGACGAAGACUGGAAGGAGAGCGGGCCCUCUGAGUCUGGAGGAAACUCUGCCGACAAAUGUUUGAUGUGCUUCGAAUGUGGUGAAGAGUUUCAGCACCACCGGUCCCUUCAGAGGCACACUAAAAAUCACUUUAAAGCGAGGUCUUUAAAAUAUCUGGUUAAUAAGAAAUGUGUUAAAGUGAAGAAAACUGUAGCUGCACACAGGAAAGUCAAGACAGGGCUGAAGUUGUUUAGUUGUGAUGACUGUGGUAAAAGUUUUAGCUUAAAAGCAAAUCUAAACAAACACAUGAGAAUUCACACAGGACAGAAACCAUUUGCGUGUGACAUUUGUGCACAAAGAUUCAACGAGAAGACUCAUUUGAACACACACAUGACAAUCCACACGGGACAGAAACCAUUUCUUUGUGAGGUGUGUGGAACAAGAUUUCGACACAAGACUUCCUUAAACACACACAUGAAAAUCCACACAGGAGAGAAGCCGUUUGCUUGUGAGGUUUGUGGACAGAGAUUUAUCCAAAAAACACACUUAACCAUUCACAUGAUAAACCACACGGGACAGAAACCGUUUGUUUGUGAUGUUUGUGGACAAAGAUUUCGGCAUAGGACAGGGUUAAACACACACAUUAAAAUCCACACAGGACAGAAACCAUUUGGCUGUAAUGUUUGUGGUCAACAGUUCAGACAAAGGACAGCGUUAAACUUGCACAAUAGAAUCCACACGGGACAGAAGCCGUUUUCUUGUGAAGUGUGUAAGAAAACUUUUAGCCAAAAGAGCUAUUUAAACACACACAUGGUGAAGCACACGGGAGAGAAACCGUACGCCUGUACUCUCUGUGGACAACCAUUCAGACAUAAGACGUCUUUAAACGCACACAUGAGUAUACACACAGGUGAAAAGCCAUUUGCUUGUGAUUUUUGUGGGCAACAAUUCAGACGCAAGACGAAUCUGAACGCACACGUUCGAAUCCACACGGGACAGAAACCAUUUCUGUGUGAUGUUUGCGGACGGAAGUUUAGCCAAAAGACGAAUCUGAAAAGGCAUGUCAGAACCCACGCAGGAAGCAAAUCGCUCGUUUGCCAUGACUCCUAAGAAGCGUGGAAGGGAAAAACGGUUUUACUGUAAAUACGUAGAUUUCUUCUCAACAGAAUUUCAACUACACAUUUAAAGGUCUGUAGUUAAACAGUGGUGCUAUGUGAAACGUUGCUCCCAAUUACCACAGUCAUGUCUCCAUUUCCCACCUUUUCUCCUGGAAUCCUCUGCACUAGAAUGUAUUUAUAGUUGUAAGAACAUUUCUCAGAAUACACUACAGACAGUGGCGGCUGGUGAAAAAUAUUUUUGGUGGGGCUGUGCUAUUUUUUUUUUUAAACAAACUUGUGCUUUCUGAGCUUUGUGCACAACUUCACUAUUUCCUGAAUUAAGCACAGCUCUUUUAUUUCCUGUCUUACAUUAUUGGACAAAGGGAUUAAUCCACGUGUGUCUGACUAUUGGCACACUGCCUUGCAGACCAAGGUUGAAAAAUACUGCAUUAAAUUGCACAUAAAAUAACAUGACCAUAUAUGGUCCACAUCCACAUUACUGUUUGUGAAACUAACAUACUGGAGAAUUUCAUCACAAUAAUAUUAAAUAAACAAGUAUGUACCUGA